AUGAGCAGAAUCCCUCCAUGUCUCCUCUACCUCACCAUUUACAACCCUACACUAUCUCUUGCCCCCGAUGCUUAUACAGGAGAUGAAGAUGCUGAAGAGCAGGCACAAAUCCUAUUCUAUACGGCCCGCGAACGUGCUGUCUCGCGGGACCGCAUGCUGAGGCAGGUCGGUCUUGCGAAAGCACUGGUCAAUUUCUCUGAGGCUUUUGACCCUGACCAAGCGUGCGAGAAUGUGCAUUCGCAGACAAGACGAAUGGUUAUGAUCUCGCCUGAACCUGACUUCUGGAUACAUGCUUGCGUCGAGGUUGCCAAAACGCCUCGCUCUGCCGCACCUAAGGGAAAGUCUAAGAAGGGGAAGGCCAAGAAGACCGACAAUGUCACCCCGCAGGAUGUUGUGGAGUACCAUGAUGCGUCUGUCCACGAUGUCCUGCUCCGUGCGCACCUCUUGCAAGGGUACGAAGAAUUCAAGUUGACCCACGGGUCCUUUGCAAACAUACUAUUCACUCUGGGUCAGCAGGCAUUAGAGCUUCAACUCGAAAGAUUCUUUACUGUGUGGGCCUGGAAGUGGGACAUAGAAGAAGACACUGAUUUUGCGUCUUACCUCGGUGUGCAUCUUCAUCCCUUGUCGCGACAAUUGUCAUCCAUUCUGGACACAUUUACUACAAGUGAACUGGGAGACGCAUGUGCCUUCGUCCUGGCACCUCCGUACGUGAUCCCGUCUACUAAAUUUUCCGCUUCCCGAUACCCAACAUCUCUCGUUCGAUACAUCCUAUCCCGGAUCCCUCCUAUCCCGUGUUCUGAAACCACGGCCCUACCUGUGCUGACAGAUGCAACUGCAACGUCAAGCACCAUCCGUGCCAGCAAUAGCGGACCACAAUCGCCUAUAAGUAGCCCCCCAUAUAAUGAAGGUAGCUCGGUCAUCCCCGAGGUACCAUCUGGAAGCGUUUCAACGCUAAUGCCAAACAUGAGCAUGGAUAUCCGCAAUCUUAGGUGGAACUGGUGGACUUUCGGGAAGGAAUCCCCCAAGCCAGCGGCGGCGUCUGCUGCCUCGUCUUCCGCUGUUGGAUCACUUACUACAUCCGUGGGCGAGGAUGCUAGCCCCAAAGCGCCAGGAUCACGCAAGGCUGAACAAGCGGGCGAGAAAAGCAGCCUGAUUGAUGUAGAUGCAGAAUCCCUGCGGGAAGCGAUAUCCACGGAAUAUCUGCGCACUCCGUCUAUCCGCUCUCAUUCACCACUCACACUGUCAGAACCAUUCCCGCAUUCAACCCCCGAGAUUUCGGAAUCUGCCACGCAGUCUGAGAACACUAUACCAAGUUUACUUGCAGAUCAGCCCGAGGCAGUACUACCGUCCUUGUUGUCGACUACAAUAUACUUGGGAGAUCCUGCCAAUAGCACAGUAAUAGAGAAGAAGCGAGUCUGGCAUUUGACCGUAAGAGCUUAUUCCGUGGUUCUGAUAGCCAUGGCUUACGGCGCAUUCCCAUGCAGGAGAUCAUUGAUGGCCAGGGACAAGAAGCGUAGGUAUGAUCAUGUCUUGUCUUGUUUAUCUACUGAUAUGCGGCCUCGUAGAACACUAGAUACUUCUCUUCCUACGGCAACAAAGAUUCUACAACCGAAAGAUCGUCACAUCAUAGGAAAGAACGGCUUCUUACUAUUUUCGAGUCCCGAUUGCGUCAUGAAGUCAGCCCAUCUGUACAACGCUCAACAGUUUAACGGUGACAUUGUUGAAGUGUUCUCGCGUGGUCAAAACCCUCAACAUUGGCACGUAGCGAAGAGAGGUCUUGCUCAGGGCGGUGAAGAUGAUAUGUCAGAUGCGGAAGCCUACAUGGAGAUUUCCAGGAAGGAAAGCACGCUGACCGAUGUCGACAACGAGUUAGCAGCAAUUGUGCGGAGGUGUUAUGCAUCCAUUAGGGAGAGUUAA